AUGUCAGACUCGGCAGUAGAAUUAAAGAAUAAAGGUAAUGCAGCCUUUAGUGCAAAGAAUUAUGAAGAAGCAGUGAAAUACUUUACAGAGGCUAUUGCUUUGCAACCAAAUGAACAUACAUUCUAUAGUAAUAGAUCAGCUUGUUAUUCGGCUUUGGAUCAAUACGCAUUGGCAUUGGAAGAUGGUCGCAAGACGAUUCAACUCAAACCCGAUUGGUCAAAGGGUUACUUGCGUGAGGCUACUGCACUCUUGAACUUGAACAAUGCAAAGGAUGCUUUGGUAGCCGUCAACAAGGGUCUUGAAUUGGAACCAUCCAACAAACAAUUACAAGAUUUAAAGGAGGACAUUCAAGAUGACUUGAAUCCACCAAAGGGUUUGUUUGGACCAGACACGCUCGUUAAAUUGGCAAUGGAUCCACGUACCAGAGACUUUGUCUCUCAACCAGACUUUGUAAAGGCUAUCCAGGAGAUUCAAGCUGAUCCAAAGAACUUGGGCAAACACAUUUCAGACAAACGUAUUACCGCCGCCAUGGGUGUCGUCCUUGGCAUCAACCUUAGUACUGCCGGUGAUGGUGACUUUGGUUUCGAUCAACAACAACCUGGUCAACAAUCGUCUUAUCAAGAACCACCAAAACCAAAACCAGCUGAACCAAAGCCAAAACCUGCACCAGUCGUCGUAGAGGUGACUGAAGGUCAAAAGGAACGUGAAAAGGGUAACGCAUGCUACAAGGACAAGAAGUUUGAGCAGGCUAUCUCUCACUAUGACAAGGCAUACGAGCUCGACGACAAGGACUUGUUGUCACUCAAUAACAAGGCCGCCGUCUAUUUGGAGAUGGGUCGUGUCCAAGACUGCAUUGAUUUGUGUAAAAAGGCUACUGAGCGUGCAUCCGAGUUGCGUGCAGACUACAAGAUCAAGGCCAAGAUUCUCACACGUCUUGGUAACGCCUACAUGCGUAGCACACCACCCCAAUUGGACGACGCUCUCAAAGCAUACAAGAGUGCCAUCAUCGAAGACAAGAACGCCGAGACAAUGGCCAACGUCAGCAAAUGCGAGAAACUCAAGAGAGAACGUGACGAACGUGAAUAUAUCAACCCAGAAAAGUCGGCCGAAGCCAAGAACCAAGGUAACGAGCACUUUAAAAAGGGUGAGUACCCAGAAGCCAUCAAAUGCUUCGAAGAGGCCAUCAAGCGUAACCCAUCAGACCACACCAUCUACAGCAACCGUUCAGCCUGUUACUCCAAGCUCGGUGAGUACCCUCUUGCCGUCAAAGACGCUGAAAAGGUCAUCGAACUCGCUCCAACCUUUAUCAAGGGUUACAUUCGUAAGGGUAGCGCUCUCUUUGCCAUGGGCGAAUACCAAAACACCCUCGAAAUGUGCGACCAAGGUCUUAGAAUCGAAGAGGAUAACAAGGAAUUGACCGAUCUCUCUCAACGUGCCAUCUUUGCCAUCAACAGAAAGCAAAGUGAAAUGUCUGACGAAGAACGUCUCCAAGACGCUCUCAAGAAUCCAGAAAUCGCUGAAAUCCUUCAAGAUCCAAUCAUGAACCAAAUAUUAAAAGAUAUGCAAGGUAAUCCUGCUGCUGUUCAAGAACAUUUGAAGAAUCCAGGUGUUAGAGCCAAGUUUGAAAAAUUGGUAAAGGCUGGUGUUGUUAGAUUGGGUAGAUAA